CCGCCCAACCAGGAAAUCCUCCUCAGCAGGCUCACACCGGCCGACGCGUGUACAGGGGAGAGCGCGGAGAUGGCAUCCAGCGAGUCUGUUGGAUCUGUAGGUGAGGGGGUCCCUAACUCCGAGGAAGAGGAGCAGAGGUCCGAAGUAUCCAGCCACCUGAUGGAAUUGAGGCUGGUUCUCCUGGGCUGGAGGUGGCCUGGGAAAAGCCUGACAGGAAACACCAUCCUGGGCCGGGAGGAGUUUCGCCUGGAGCGGGCGGCCGAAUUCUGUGUGAAGCGGGAGACGGUGCUGGAGGGCCGGAAGGUGACUGUGGUGGACACGCCAGGCUGGUUCUCCUCCCAGACCACCCCGGAAUCCUACCAGCAGGAGAUGAUGCAGGCCCCCUCCCUGUGCGCGCCAGGCCCACACGCCUUCCUUCUGGUGGUUCCUGUGGGCAUGUUCACCGAGGGGGACCGGCUCCGUGUGGAGGAGAACAUGGCGAUGUUUGGUGAGCGAGUCUGGAGGCACACCAUCGUAGUGUUCACCUGGGCGUCGGGCUUGCGGGACAUGCCCAUUGAGCGCCACAUCCACCGGGAGGGCCGGGACCUACAGUGGGUCGUGGAGAGCUGCCGGAACCGCUACCAUGUCAUCAACAACCAGGUCUUCGGCGAGCACCCCCAGCUCGCCCUCCUCAUCGAGAAGAUCGAGAACAUGGUAGCCGAGGAGGGAGGCUUCUAUGUGGCUGAGGAGAGGCCUGCUGCAGUCAGCGUGGACGGCCGCGAUCUCGGCGCCAGGCCGAAGCAGAACGGCAGCGCGGUGAUGAUCCAAAACGUGGAGGUGGAGCCCUCACAAAGUUUGGAUGGACGAGCCGUUUGAGAAGACUUUCCUGCUUCGAGAGCACUGGCCCCGGUCUUCUAUGGCAGUCUGAAACACCACAUUGCCUGAUAUUUAUAGUCCAACCCCCCCCCCCCCCACCUUACAGUAGGCACUUAUUUCCAUAAGUCAAUAUAAAAUAGUGAUUGUUUAGUGUAGAUUAAGGUUAGUUACAUAAUUAACCUUGAAGUGUAAACACCAGACACCCAGGCUACAGAAGGAAGUGAUGUCACACUCGUCUGGUCUCUGCUUUUGUUUUCUGUUUGUUUUUAUCUGCUUAUUUAUUUUUUAUCUGUGAAAUUUGAGUCUGUUCAGAUUUAAUGGGAUGGCUGAGCAGAGUUUUUAACCUGCAGCUAUAACUGAGCCGGUGCUGUCCGGUACAAAGAGACUCUGUGUUCCUGGGGGAUCAGUCUCCAGGCUCAAAUUAUAUUCUGCAGCUAAUUGGCUGAACCACCGAGGGCCGCUACGAAUGAUAUACACUGUUACACAUACACAACUGGACUGGAGUCUCAGUGUGUAAUAUUUUAACAUUAACUGCAUGUGUUAAACCGGAAAAGUACAGAAGCAACACGAACCUCAGAGGGGUCAGUAAUGUGGGUGAUAGUUCUGAUACACCAGGGCGUCCAUGUACUGGACAUAAAUGUCCCCAUUUACUGGGCAUUAGGCUUUUUUCCCCCCACAGCAGAGGGACACAGUAUAUGGUAGCUGCUCAGUAGCAAAAACAGAAUGCUGCUUCAUAAAUAACUGCUUCGUAUAACCCUGGUGCCUGUCCCAGGAAGCAGAGGGUGUGGGGCAGGAGUACACCCUGGAUGGGAUGCCAGUCCAUUGGAGGGGACACAGAAAGCCCCGAUUUUUUUUUCUGUUCAUCACAGCAGCAUUUUAUCCUGUAGAUUGACAAAAAAAAAACAAUGAUUAUGGCCCAAGGGUCACCAGCCCCCUAAAUUCCAAGCUCUGAAUAUGGGUAAUUUUUUAAGGCUCCCAAUUACCAGCAAGAAACCUGAGCACCUGUAGGAAGUUAAUAUAACAUUCAUCCCUUAAGGAUUGUCUUACAGUUUCUCAGCUCCCUAACACACUACACUGACGUCAGAACUGAAUCGAGCUGGAUUUCACCCUCCGGACUCGCACAGGCUGCCUUCCACACCACCCCAAAUGCAGCGCAGCUCCCGGUGUGCCUACGCGGCCUUCUGGUGUGGCGACGGGGGGAAGGGAGGCAUAUUCAGUGCGCGUCAUUGUUUCUCGAAUCGGUCCUCACGAACACCCCGACAAUCCACGUUUUGCUAUCCCGUGGUCUGACAGACAGCUGGGAGAGAGCAAAGACGCGGAAUGUCUGGGGGUCCCCGCGGAUCGGCUAAUAUUGAUCAGGUUAUAUUGAUUAAUAUCCAGGUAACAGGUAUUUGGCCUGCUGAAUGUACAGUGCCCCGCACCCUCUUGGCUAAACGUGAAGUACAUUUCCAACAUGGUAUAUAUAGGGGUACUGUUAUUAUGGAGAGCGUGCUUUAUUCUGUAAAGUAAAAUGUACUGAGUAUACCAUUCCUGCUAGAUUUAUGUUUACAGUGAAAUAAACAAAACCAAACUGGAAGCAGACUUAUAAUCACUUUUGCAUAUAUACCACAGGGCAGGGUGCACAUGCAGUAGUAACGUGACACGAGCAGAGACUGUUUUAAUUUGUUUCAAUUUUACGCCCCCCGCUGACAGUGAAAUAGAUUGACCCAACUUGAGGUAAGGGCUAUAUAGACCUGUUAAUAGUACAGACUGUCCCCAACUUUCAACUUAGUUCUGUCCCUGCAGACAGGUCGCAUGUCGACAUGGACAUAUGUCAGAAUAAGAUAAUCACACUGGCUUUCAGGUGAGAAUGAGACUGGGAGACGCAUGUCUGGCUGGGAUGGUCACACUGCUGUAUAAUACAGUAUGUUCCCAUGGCAGCUACCGUACGGCACACAGCGUGCGCUGGGUAGCGUGGCACUGCCGGGCACAAGGGUGCCUGACAUUUAUUUUCACAUACAUUUACUUGUUUUUUUAUUCUUUUAAGCCUCAGUCAUACAUGCGAAUUGGCGUAAGUUUCUUAAGUUGUAAGCGCAAGUCUGUACUAGUUUAAGGGUGAACUUUUGCAUAAUUUAAAGCGGAAUAUGAGCUCACAGUAAAAAGGUCAUUGCUUUCCCCUGUUGAAAUGACGGACAGAGCAAUUCUUUUGUUUAAUAUGUCCCUAGUCAUCCAGAAAAUAAUUUAAUUAGUUUGAGAUCAGUUACAUAGAUUUUUUUACCUUAUGUUUCAUCACCAUAAAUAUAUAUUUUUUGAAUAUCAGUGUCAUUUUUCCAGUCUCAGACCUGAAUAUCCUGCACUGGCAGUUUUUCAAAAUCUGUCCUUCCUUUCUCUAUAAUCUCUCUCCAGUGCAGGAUCACGACGAGGUUCAUCUAAUCAUUCUAAAUAAAUUCUAAAUUAAUGGAGGGGGGCGGCAUGGUGGUGCAGUGGUUAUCACUGUUGCCUCACACCUCUGGGACCCGGGUUUGAGUUUCCACCUGGGUUACAUGUGUGUGGAGUUUGCAUGUUCUCCCCAUGUCGUCGUGGGGUUUCCUCCGGGUACUCCGGUUUCCCCCCACAGUCCAAAGACAUGCUGAGGCUAAUUGGAGUUGCUAAAUUGCCCAUAGGUGUGCAUGUGUGAGUGAAUGGUGUGUGAGUGUGCCCUGCGAUGGGCUGGCCCCCCAUCCUGGGUUGUUCCCUGCCUCGUGCCCAUUGAUUCCGGGAUAGGCUCCGGACCCCCCGCGACCCAAUGGGAUAAGCGGUUUGGAAAAUGGAUGGAUGGAUGGAAU